AUGGGUGGCUGCAUUCCUUUUCGGAAGACAGCAAGGACACUGUGCCCCAGAAUCAUGCCCCCUUUGCUGUUGUUGUCUGCCUUCAUUUUUUUAGUGAGCGUCCUGGGAGGAGCCCCAGGACACAACCCUGACCGCAGGACGAAGAUGGUAUCAAUACACAGCCUCUCCGAGCUGGAGCGUCUGAAGCUGCAAGAGACUGCUUACCACGAACUCGUGGCCAGACAUUUCCUCUCUGAAUUCAAACCGGACAGAGCUCUACCCAUUGACCGUCCAAACACCUUGGAGAAGUGGUUUCUGCUUUUAAGAGGACAACAGAGGGCAGUCUCCCUGAAGACUUUUGGCAUUCACCUGGAAGAGGUGCUGGUGAAUGAGCUCACCCGGCGCAAGCAUCUGGAACUGACAGCCGCGAUGCAGGUUGAGGAAGCCACCGGUCAGGGUGCGGGCCGUCGUCGGGGAAACGUGGUGCAAAGGAUGUUUGGCCGCAUCAGGCGCUUUUUCAGUCGGAGGCGGAAUGAGCCCAUUUUGCCCCGGGCGUUCACCCGCCGCGGGCGUCGAGGCGCUGUGUCUGUGGAUAGCCUGGCUGAGCUGGAGGGCGGGGCUCUGCUGCUGCAGACCCUGCAACUUUCCAGGGUGUCAUUUCCAAUCGGCCGGCGACUUCUGGGAUCCAAGAGGAAGAUGAGCCUCAAUCCGAUUGCCAAACAAAUCCCCCAAGUUGUUGAGGCUUGCUGCAAAUUCAUUGAGAAGCAUGGAUUAAGCACAGUGGGAAUUUUCACCCUGGAGUACUCUGCGCAGAGAGUGCGUCAGCUCCGUGAAGAAUUUGACCAGGGUCUGGAUGUAGUGCUAGAUGACACUCAGAAUGUACACGACGUGGCUGCACUCCUCAAGGAGUUCUUCCGUGACAUGAAGGACUCUCUGCUGCCAGAUGAUCUAUACAUGUCCUUCCUCCUGACUGCCACUCUAAAGCCCCAGGAUCAGCUUUCUGCGCUGCAGUUGCUGGUCUACCUGAUGCCACCCUGCCACAGUGACACCUUGGAGCGUCUGCUGAAGGCCCUGCACAAAAUCACUGAGAACUGCGAGGACUCCAUUGGCGUUGACGGACAGUUGGUCCCAGGCAACCGGAUGACCUCCACCAAUUUGGCAUUGGUGUUUGGAUCUGCUCUCCUGAAGAAGGGAAAGUUUGGCAAGAGGGAGUCCAGGAAGACAAAGCUGGGGAUGGACCACUAUGUUGCUUCUGUCAAUGUGGUCCGUGCCAUGAUUGACAACUGGGAUAUCCUCUUCCAGGUGCCUCCGCAUAUUCAGAGGCAGGUGGCCAAGCGUGUGUGGAAGUCCAGCCCUGAAGCCCUGGAUUUUAUCAGACGCAGGAACUUGAGGAAGAUCCAGAGCGCACGCAUAAAGAUGGAAGAAGAUGCUUUACUUUCUGACCCUGUGGAAACCUCUGCUGAAGUCCGUGCUGCUGUCCUUGCUCAAGGUCAGUUCCCUACUGGAGGUUCCUCUGAGGAGCCAGCUGUGCCUCCCGGCACUGCCCGUUCCCAAGACGAUGAGGAAGGAGCGGGUAACCCCCCCAUUCCGGAGCAAGACCGCCCAUUGCUCCGUGUGCCCCGGGAGAAGGAGGCCCAAACUGGCAUCGGCUACUUGUUUCCUUAG